AACAGGGCCUAGUUGAGUAUAAAAGAGUUAGCGGCGGUGUGAGGGACCACAUUUGUUCCAGAGCAGCCGAAGCCAAAGGACAAUGGAAAGGUGUCUACUGUUCGUCUAUCUCAGCGUGGCAUUGUUCGCCGCCAUCGCCACCCCAGCUCCUCCCAAGGUCGGCGUUGUUGACGUCGCCUUGUUACAGAGGCCCACUAGGAUAAAAGGCAGCCAGCGCCCACAAGACGGAAAUAUCAGAGACGCCCCAGCCCCAGCAGAGGUCGAAACAGCCACUGAAGGAGAAGCAACCGACGAAGAGGGCGCAGAGGAAGAGGUUGUCUUGGAUGAGAUUCACUGCAUCAAGGAGCCUCUUGGGAACAACACCUUCUACUGGAGUUCUCCCAACUUCGGCAAGGAGGAUUACCCAAAUGACGCUUAUUGCAAAGUCUCCAGUUCGUCCACAGAACCGGGAUAUGCCACUGUCAGCUUCAACAGCUUGAACAUCCUUUGCGAAGGUCGUGGAGACUCCGUCACUUUUAAACAACCCUAUCACAUCGAUGACCUGACGAGCAAGAAGUACUGCGGCGUCAUGACCGAGUCCAGCGCGAUCACAUCCAUCUUACCGACGUACAAUUUCUUCGGCAAGUUCCGCACUGACCACACAGGCACGGCUUCCGGUUUCAAUGUCACCAUCACCAAACAGAUGACGAAUUGCCAUAAGAUUAUCGAGACAGGAGAACAUGGCAACUCUGGCAUCAUUGAAACCCCAACGGAACCCAAUGCCGGCCCUGCCAAGGUGUGCGAGUGGUGGAUCAGGGCUCCAGUGGGCAAACGCAUAGAGCUGCAAUUCAUCCCAACACUAACCGAAAGCCCACUCUGCAACGAAGGCAGCAUCCUCGUCGACAGUUCUGGCAGCAAGUUUUACAGAAGGCGCACCACCGACAGCUACUGCGGCAAGGCCACCCCCGGAACGAUCAUCUCCAAGAAAAACUACAUGAACGUUCUCUACUACUCCAUGGAUUCUUUGGAUCACUUCACUGCUCGGUGGGCUUUGCUCUCGGCUUUCUAAAUAAUACUUCCUACGAUGACAGCUAUUUCCGAGUGCCGCGCUAGUGUCAAUUCCACGACGACCUCGUGGGGGGUUGAAAAGAACAAAGUAAAAAAAGCGGUUGAGACUGUUCGGAAAGGAUUCAGCUUAAGAAAAUGAAAGAUAAUACC